AUGGUCCACCGCGACAUCAAGCCGUCCAACAUCCUCGUUAACAACCAAGACACCCCCGUGCUCGUCAAACUGGCCGACUUUGGCUCGGCCGUCGACACGUACGCCAACGAGAGGCUCUACGGCGAGAAACGCCCGUCGCAGGCCGAAGAGACGCGCGAGUACCAGCCGCCCGAGGUGCUGCUGCACGGCGAUAUCCCGUACGACCCGGCGCUGCCCACGUCGUACGACAUGUGGUCGGUCGGCGUCGUCUUUCUCGAGCUGAUUCUCGGAUCGCCCCACGUCUUUGCGAUCUCGUCCCGCGCCCGCGCCAAGCUCGAUAGCGAGGAGACGAAGCGGAAGAGUUACCUGCUGCAUGUCUUUACCGAGUUUUGCAUCUACGAACCGCCGUCGUUGUACCGGUACCACAACGACUAUGCGCUCGUGCACAGCGACUGCAACUUUGGCACGUUCAACAAGACGAUCCAAGCGCGCGAUCCGCUCGAGCGGGGCUUCCAAGACGCGUGGGGUCUCAAUUUACUCUAUAAACUGUUGCAGUGGGACCCCGCCAAGCGCAUCUCGGCCAUCGACGCCCUCGAGCACGCGUACUUUCGGGGACCGUACGUCUGCCCCGAGUCGGGCCGCGAGUUUUCGACGCGGCGCGAGCUCGAGGUUCACGAAGCGUACUUGGAGUCGCAGCGACACUCGACGUCCUUCAUUCUGCGCCACGUGCGCGACAUCCCGAGCUCCUUUCACUGCAACUGCAAGCGGCACUUUGCGACCGCCGAUGCUUGCACUCGCCACUUGCGCGCCCGGCGCCACGACGCAGAAAGUGCCUUUUGCCACUAUGCAUCGGACCCGAUUCGGCAUGCGAUGCCGCCAAUGUCGCUGCCGACAACGGCGCUUGACGCUGGCACCGGCGCCUUUCACGGCCGUCGCCAGUACAUGGAAGACAUGGUGCUUGUGGUGCCGCGACGAGAGAGUGGCACCAACUACGAUCUUUACGCUGUGCUGGACGGCCACAUGGGUCUCGGCGCCGUGACGUAUGCGAAGGAGCACCUCAGCGACCGGCUGCGCAUUCAUCUGCAGGCGAGCCAUGCGGGCUAUCAUACGUUGAUGAACGGUACCGUCGCCGAAGGUCUGGCGAUUCGCCAGGCACUCGCUGACCUCCACAACGGGUUUCUUGAAACAAGUGGCGCCAGCGACUUUUCUGGCUCGACGCUGACCUUGCUGCUGCAUUUUCCAGACGAGCGACGGUUCGUGUCGGCCAACGUCGGCGAUUCCCGCGCCGUACUCUACACGCAAAACGCCACCGUGAGCUCGGCGAUAUCGAUGGACCAUUUGCCCAACGUUCCGAACGAGCGCAGCCGCAUCGAGUCGAGUGGCGGCUUUGUGGUGAUGGCCGGCGUCUGGCGCGUCAUGGGCCAGCUCGCCGUGUCCCGCACGCUCGGCGACCGCCACUUGCGGCAGUACGUGAGCCACGACCCGAGCAUCCUCCAUUUCACUCACCCGAGCGACGCAAGCUUCGUCGUUCUCGCGUCCGACGGCGUCUGGGACACGGUGUCCAACGACGACGCCGGCAAGUUUGUUUACGAACGCCUCGACCGCGAUGAUUUGUACGAGAUCGCACAGGACUUGGUCAUUGAGGCCUACGUCCGCGGCAGCGCAGACAACAUGCUCGCACUCAUCGUGGACCUGCGCAGCGAGACGUGA